CUAGUUUCACUUCCAGUCUCCUGUUUUGUGUCGCAGUUGUGUCUCCGUCUGAAGAUCCUCCAGUCAGACUCUGUGUGUACAGGUCCUCCAUUAUGGACUCUGCUAUGGAUCAGUGUGAGGACACAGAGGACGGAGUCCGUCCCUCUAAAACCGCUCUGUGUGAGGACCAGGACGGCCAGACAGAAGCUCACAGCCCAGAGCAGCAGAACAGGCCAGACUCUCCGGGACCUGGACCUGGACCUGAACCUGAACCUGAACCUAGACCUAGACCUGAACCCAGCUGUGUGUCCAUGAAGAGCGAUUGGUCAAUGGAUCUACAUAUUCGGUUUAGACAAUCUUAUAAUUUUUGGGUCCAGCAGCAGAGACCAGAGUCUCCUGGACCGAGCUGUCUGUCCUUCAAGAGCCACCGAUCAAAAGACGACUUCAUUAACUUUAAAAGACAAACUCCAUCUGAUGAUCAGAGGGUCCAGCAGCAGAUACCAGAGUCUCCUGGACCGAGCUGUCUGUCCUUCAAGAGCCACCGAUCAAAAGACGACUUCAUUAACUUUAAAAGACAAACUCCAUCUGAUGAUCAGAGGGUCCAGCAGCAGAGACCAGAGUCUCCUGGACCGAGCUGUCUGUCCUUCAAGAGCCACCGAUCAAAAGACGACUUCAUUAACUUUAAAAGACAAACUCCAUCUGAUGAUCAGAGGGUCCAGCAGCAGAGACCAGAGUCUCCUGGACCGAGCUGUCUGUCCUUCAAGAGCCACCGAUCAAAAGACAACUUCAUUAACUUUAAAAGACAAACUCCAUCUGAUGAUCAGAGAGUGGACCAGGAGAGCUCAGAGGUUCCCGGAGGUCAGUCUUCCCAGCAGCAUCAGACACACUUGGACUCCAUAUUUAUGCUGCUGGAGGAGAACAUCGUCAUGUUUGUUAAGAACGAACUGAAGAAGAUCCAGAAGGUUCUAAGUUCAGAUUACCCAGAAUGCUUAGAGAGUCAGAGGGAGGAUGAGGAGCAGAGGAGGAGUAGCAGAGAGGCCUUUCUGAAGAUCACACUGCACUUCCUGAGGAGAAUGAAUCAGGAGGAGCUGGCUGACUGUCUGCUCAGCAAAUUUCUUGGUAGGCUCACACUUAAAUCCACCCAGAAGAAGAAGUUCCAGUGUGUGUUUGAGGGGAUCUCUAAAGCAGGAAACCCGACCCUUCUGAAUCAGAUCUACACAGAGCUCUACAUCACAGAGGGAGGGACCGCAGAGGUCAAUAAGGAACAUGAGGUCAGACAGAUUGAAACAGAAUCCUGGAAACCAGACAGACCAGAAACAAGAAUCAGACAAGAAGACAUCUUUAAAGCCCCACCUGGAAGAGAUAAACCAAUCAGAACAGUGCUGACAAAGGGAGUGGCUGGCAUUGGGAAAACAGUCUUAACACAGAAGUUCACUCUGGACUGGGCUGAAGACAAAACCAACCAGGACAUCCACUUCACAUUUCCAUUCACUUUCAGAGAGCUGAAUGUGCUGAAAGAGAAAAAGUUCAGCUUGGUGGAACUUGUUCAUCACUUCUUUCCUGAAACCAAAGAAGCAGGAAUCUGCAGGUUUGAAGCGUUCCACGUUGUGUUGAUCUUUGACGGUCUGGAUGAGUGUCGACUUCCUCUGGACUUCCACAACACUGAGGUCCUGACUGAUGUCACAGAGUCCACCUCAGUGGAUGUGCUGCUGACAAACCUCAUCAGGGGGAAACUGCUUCCCUCUGCUCGCCUCUGGAUAACCACAAGACCUGCAGCAGCCAAUCAGAUCCCUGCUGACUGUGUUGACAUGGUGACAGAGGUCAGAGGGUUCACUGACCCUCAGAAGGAGGAGUACUUCAGGAAGAGAUUCAGAGAAGAGGAGCAGGCCAAAAGAAUCAUCUCCCACAUCAAGAAAUCACAAAGCCUCCACAUCAUGUGCCACAUCCCAGUCUUCUGCUGGAUCUCUGCUACAGUUCUGGAUGUGUUGGAAACCAGAGAGGGAGGAGAGCUGCCCAAGACCCUGACUGAGAUGUACAUCCACUUCCUGGUGGUUCAGUCCAAAGUGAAGAUCAUCAAGUAUGAUGGAGGAGCUGAGACAGAUCCACACUGGAGUCCAGAGAGCAGGGAGAUGAUUGAGUCUCUGGGAAAACUGGCUUUUGAUCAGCUGCAGAAAGGAAACCUGAUCUUCUAUGACUCAGACCUGACAGACUGUGGCAUCGAUAUCACAGCAGCCUCAGUGUACUCAGGAGUGUUCACACAGGUCUUUAGAGAGGAGAGAGGACUGUACCAGGACAGGGUGUUCUGCUUCGUCCACCUGAGUGUUCAGGAGUUUCUGGCUGCUCUUCAUGUCCAUCAGACCUUCAUCAAGUCUGGAAUCAAUCUGAUGGCACAAGAAUCAACAACAUUCCAGUGGAAUCUAAAUGAUCUCCACCAGAGUGCUGUGGACAAGGCCUUACAGAGUCCAAAUGGACACCUGGACUUGUUCCUCCGCUUCCUCCUGGGUCUUUCACUGGAUACCAAUCAAAGACUCCUACGAGGCCUGCUGACACUAACAGGAAGCAGCUCAGAGACUGAUCAGACUCUCCUUCAAGGCCUACCAAAACAGAGAAUAAGCAGCUCAAGAGUCCUGCCGAUACCGAUAAGAAGUGAUCAGACUCUCUCACAAGACCUGCUGAAACAGAAAUUAAGCAGUUCAAUGACCAAUCUGAAGGUGAUAACAAGUUAUUUCUCUUUCCCAACACACCAGCCAAUAAUGAGCGUAAGCGGCUCAGCAUUGAGCCUCUACAUCAAGACACAGUUAGAGAGUAAUCUCCCUGCAGAGAGAAGCAUCAACCUGUUCCACUGUCUGAAUGAACUGAAUGAUCGUUCUCUAGUGGAGGAGAUCCAACAGUCCCUGAGAUCAGGAAGUCUCUCCACAGAUGAACUGUCUCCUGCUCAGUGGUCAGCUCUGGUCUUCAUCUUACUGUCAUCAGAAACAGAUCUGGACGUGUUUGACCUGAAGAAAUACUCUGCUUCAGAGGAGGCUCUUCUGAAGCUGCUGCCAGUGGUCAAAGCCUCCAACAAAGCUCUGCUGAGUGGCUGUAAUCUUUCAGAGAGAAGCUGUGAAGCUCUGUCCUCAGUCCUCAGCUCCCAGUUCUCUAGUCUGAGAGACCUGGACCUGAGUUACAACGACCUGCAGGAUUCAGGAGAUAAGCUGUUGUGUGCUGCACGGGAGAGUCAACAGUGUACCCUGGAAACUCUCAGGUUGAGUCGAUGUAAUCUCUCAGAGAGAAGCUUUGAAUCUCUGUCCUCAGUCCUCAGCUCCCAGUCCUUUAGUCUGAGAGAACUGGACCUGAGUUACAACGACCUGCAGGAUUCAGGAGUUAAUCUGCUUUCUCCUGGGCUCAAGAGUCCACACUGUACCCUGAAAACUCUCAGACUGAGUGGCUGUAAUCUCUCAGAGAAAAGCUGUGAAGCUCUGUCCUCAGUCCUCAGCUCCCAGUCCUCUAGUCUGAGAGACCUGGAACUGAGUAACAACAACCUGCAGGAUUCAGGAGAUAAGCUGUUGUCUGCUGCAGGGAGUCUACACUGUACCCUGGAAACUCUCAGGCUGAGAGGCUGUAACCUCUCACAAAGAAGCUGUGAAGCUCUGUCCUCAGUCCUCAGCUCCCAGUCCUCUAGUCUGAGAGACCUGGACCUGAGUAACAACUACCUGCUGGAUUCAGGAGUUAAUCUGCUUUCUCCCGGGCUCAAGAGCCCACACUGUACCCUGGAAACUCUCAGAUUGAGUGGCUGUAACCUCUCAGAGAGAAGCUGUGAAGCUCUGUCCUCAGUCCUCACCUCCCAGUCCUCUAGUCUGAGAAACCUGGACCUGAGUUACAACAACCUGAAGGAUUCAGGAGAGAAGCUUUUGUCUGCUGCACGGGAGAGUCAACACUGUACCCUGGAAACUCUCAGGUUGGAGCCUGGUGGAGUCCAGUGGUUAAGACCGGGUCUGAAGAAGUAUUCCUGUGAGCUCACCAUCGACACAAACACAGUAAGCAGAGAGAUCAAAGUGUCUGACAACAACAGGACGGUGACACACGUAUUUGAGGAUCAGCCACAUCCUGACCAUCCAGACCAAUUCGACUGCUGGCCUCAGCUGCUGUGUAGAGAGGGUCUGACCGGUCGCUGUUACUGGGAGGUCGACUGGAGAGGAAGAGUUUUUAUAUCAGUGAGUUACAGAGGAAUCAGCAGGAGAGGAGAAAGAGCUGACUAUCUGUUUGGAGGGAACGAUAAGUCCUGGAGUCUGAGCUGCUGGGAUGAUGGUCGUUACUCUGUCUCUCACAAUAACAGAAUAACAACCAUUUCCUCCUCCUCCUCCUCCUCCUCCUCCCACAGAGCAGCAGUGUUUUUGGACUGUCCUGCUGGCACUCUGUCCUUCUACAGAGUCUCCUCUGACACACUGAUCCACCUCCACACCUUCAACACCACAUUCACUGAACCUCUCUAUCCUGGGUUUGGGUUCUGGUCUGGUUUCUAUGGCUCCUCAGUGUCUCUGUAGGAGGGAGACUCUCUUCUUGUCCAACUACAGACUGUAUAUAAAGAUGGACACUGCACCUCCACUUCCUCCCAUUGUACAUGCACGGAAGUCACACUUUUCUGAGCAGCUCUCAUAGGAAUGAACAAAGCCAUGCCUUAAACACCCUUGUGAUAAAACUGCAGCAAAAACAGAACUUUUUCAGGAAAAUUCGGUGACUCGUGGUGUUCCCCAGGGCUCUGUCCUUGGCCCCUUGUUUUUAUUUGCUUACAUUAUUCCAAACAAUGUCCAACUGUGUUCAACCGCAGAAUGUAAAUAAAGAGGAACGUUGCAUCUCCACUUCACAUUGUGUGACAACUUAAGGUGGUGCAAGUAAACUAAAUGUAAUGUAACGUAGUUCAUGUAAUUGUCAUGAAUAUAUAAUCUACAUCUAUAGAGACCAAGUCCAUUUUCCAUUUUUAAGCAAUCACUCAGGAGAGGAAGGCAUCGCCAGCCCAUGCCUGACAGCCUCAGGAUAUCGGUGCACAAGGCUCAUUUUUUCACGCUGGGUAUUUAAUUGAAAGUCAGUGAGAAAUUCUCCCAACGGUGUGUCAUGAAAUGAAAACAGCAUUGUGAUUCUUCUACAAAACAUAGCUUUGCUGAACCAAACACCAUUCAGAAAACAAGCAAUUUAAAAGUUGUUUGCUUGUCAAAAAGCAUGAAUUCAAACUAUUUGCACAUCAGCCUCAUUUUGUAGCUUUUUCAGAGUACUUUUUAUCCAUUUAUUGUAUUUAAAUAACAAUUUAUUUAUUUUUGUUACAUACCGAUGUAGUAGCAUGCUUCACAUCACCAUCAGCCAUCAGACUGUCUCAUUCUUCAAGAGAUUCUACCAGAAUUUCCCCUCAGGGAUAAAUAAAGUAAUUUUGAUUUGAUUUGAUUUAAUUGAUGUCCUAUUAUGUCACCAUUUAUAUUUUUUCAUUUUGUCUUGAUUUUAUUAUGUAUUAUUUUCAUUGUCAUAUAUUCAUUUAUAAAAACAGUCAUUAUUACAUUAAAUAAUCAGUAGUUUUAAGAUUAUAUGUGGUUUUAUUGAAAUCUCAGUGUCUGAAUGUGAAGUCUGGAGCAUUUCUGAAAACAUUUACAGUUUAUUCUCAAGUUCUGCACUUAUGUUGUGAAAAUAUACAUAUAUAUGUAUAAAAUGAUUUUAUUAUUGUAUUUUUUAAAUGAUAAAGCUCAAUUUUAAACAACAGAAAAA